AUGACGGCGUCAUCGCCCAUUCGCCAGGUGCCAUUCAUCCUCAUGGCUCGGCUCAAGUCAGGCAAUGCUUCUGUGCGCCGAGAGACCGAUCUGCGCAAGGGGGUCGGUUUGUACCUGGAGGACAGAAGCGGUUGCCUGGCCUGCGAGAUGCUAGAGCCGGACCCAUCCGCCGUUGGCCAAAUUAUUCUGAUCUCCAGCGCCAACUUCAUCCCCACCCACACGCCACCGUCGUCGCCUGACGAGUUGCCCGGCUAUCUGGAGAUCAGUCAGUGGGUUCCGCUGCUCGACCCUAGUAAUCCACAAGCGAGUCCGGCGUCGAUUCAAGCACUCGGUGAGCGCUACAAGCCUCUGGUCCCGCGACACGUCGCCCUGAGAGCGGGGCUCACAAAAGAGCUGUUCGACCACGAGUCGGGAGAGCCUUCGGCAAAGAGGAAGAAGAAGGAGCAGGUGAGCAUCGUUGGCAAGGUGACCGCCCUCAGCCCUGUCAAGUGGACGCACGACAAACCGCAGUUCCUGCUCCAGCUCAACCUAACCUACAAGCGCAAGUCCAUUGCUGGCGCGACACGAGAGGUCUCUGUUCUGGUGCUGUUCGGCGAGCGGGAGUGCGCGCGUUGGUACCCCUGUCUGGUGAUGGACAAGAACUACCUGAUCACGCGCCUUCGCCCGGCCAAACUGUUUGAACAAUCACAGUUCGGUCCCCAGCUCGCCCGCUUCGCCGUCGCCGUCGCAAUCGCCGUCGCGAUCCCCAUCACCUUCACCCAAUCCAAGCUCUGCUGCUGCCGCGACUUGGUCCACAGGAGGCUGGUGAACUACGAGGGCCGAAUCACCGGCUACCUGGGACACGGUGUUUUCGAGCUGGAUGACCGACUCGACCGCAAGCUGUUUCUUUCUCACUACCACACGCCACACCUCGAUAGAGUCCUUCGAAUCGGCAACCUGGUGCGACUGUACAACGUGCACUUGAUCGUGCGGCCAUGGCAUCCCGUUCCCUACUCAUCAGACGACUUCAGCGGCCUAGUCGAGGGGUUCGGGUGUUGCAGCUACAGCCGGGUGAGCGUGGUACAGUUCGGAUCGGACUGCCAACCGCCUCCGCCGCUGUUCUCCGCCCGAAAGCGCGGUUCGCUGGAGACCUACCUUCGCCGCUAUCCCCUCUCCGCGGCGCCCUGGAUACUCCACGUGUACCCCAGCCUCGUCCAGCGAUGGCACUCGGACCGCCGCAUUCUCUUUGCUGGCGAGGACUUGGGUCUGCUCCACACUCUGUGCCGGGUGGCCCGCCUGCAGCAGACCAACAUCCACCUGUGGAACGAAUUCACCAACCACCGGGCCUGUUGCAUCACUAGCGAGCUGCCGCGGCCCGUGGUGCUGGUGGGCAAGCUCACGGGCGCGACGGAGCUCUCGGACGACACCGGCCGUGUGAGCGUGGAGAUCAUCGGCCUGGACGCUGGCAUGCUGGACGCCUACGUGUGCCUACCCGCGUUCAGGCUCGCGUUCGACCCGGCCGCGGGCCUGUGCGUGGUGGCGGCCAUACGGGACGUGGUGGUCCACUCGCCCCUCGCCGCGCUCGAGCAGCAGCAGGCCAUCCCGCCGGCCCAGGAGAUCAAGAAAGAGGCCGCGCACGGCUUUGUAGUCAUGGUGCUCGACAGACUGGUCCACAAGCCCAACACCGGCUUGAGUCUGCAGUCGCUCUGCGUCGAGGCCGUCCAUCUGCCUACCCCCACUUCAGCGGCGCUGGGCGGAGAAGGGCUGCGGCCUCCCGUGAUCACGCUGGAGCUGCCCGCGCCCCGGCUGACCCGCUACUACGCGGCGCUCCGGCCGGGUGGGGUGUACGGCCUGAACGGGGUGAGCGCCGUCGAUGGCAGUCGGGGCGAGCGCCACCGAUUGCACCCGGCCGGCCGCAUCGAGAGCGUGCAGCUGGUGUCGGCCGACAACGGGCGGCCGUUGCUGUGCUGCUCUGAGGACCAGCUGCCCGCGGCACCCAGCAUCGUAGCCUCCCGGCGGGCCGUCACGCUGCACGACGCCGCGCUCGCCGAGGCCCUGCCCCGACUGCUCAACCCGACCAACGACCUCCAAACGUACCAACGCCGCCCGGCCUGGCCCGAGUGUAUCGUGAGGAAUGCAAGGGUGCACGAGCUGCUGGAGGUGGAGUACAAGCAAACGGGCGGACCGUACGGCGCGGUCCAGCCUGCGCUGCGCGACGAACGGGCCGUGGUGUCGUUCGCCUGCAUCGUGGUGAGCGUGCUGCAGGCCACCCCAGAGAGCCUGGCCCAGCGCCGGGUGGUGUGCGCCGACCACCUGCACGCCCCGCCGGCCGACACGAUCACCGUCUCGGCCGACUGCUACGUCAUGCCCCGCUCUCUCCUCCCCGGGGUCCGCGUUAGCCCCGGAUUCGAGGUGCGCUGCCAGCUGCAGGCCACGUCGUCCGUGCGCGUCUUGUCGUUGCCCACCGUGUCGGCCGUACUGAACGCUGCCGCCUUGCCCAUCGAGAGAGCCUACGACCACGUUGCAGACGCCUGCCUCUAUGACCUGCAGUGCCGGCCGUGUCUGCGGCUGUCGCUCCUGCGCCUUCGCUGCACCGUCACCGCGUUCAUACUCGUCACGUUCUCUCUCGGGCCCGGUCGCGAGCUUCGGGCCGAGGCCGAGGCCUCGAUCGACGAUGGCACUGGCGAGGCCAAGCUGCUGUUGUCCGGCCCACUGGCAGCCGAAUUGCUGGGCCUGUCCAUCGAGGACACGGAGGUGUUGAAGCGAGGGCUACAACGGCACGGGAUUUUCAAACACGGUCAAGCCGAGGAGGGGGGACGCAACGCCGGGCGAUGGCGCGCCGUCUCGCCUCCGCCCCACGUGCUGCCGAGGCCAUUGCUUCCUCCUUCCGACGACGCCGGCGUCGCCGGACCGAACCUCGCCUCUGCUCCGCCACUCACACCGGCCCACGAACUGCUCCUCAAAGAGAAGAUGCGGCUGGUGACCCGCCCCUCCCAGCGCUUCCUCAUCACCUGCGGCGUCAAGCUGCCGAGCCGACAACAGCACAACGAGCGGGGGCGGUGGCACGACCCGCGGCGGCAGAAGCCAGUCGACGCCAAGGACGCCGGGGGCAAGGGGCUCAAGCAGCACACCCACGCGCCGCCCAGGCUCUGGCUCGAGGCCAACUCGGUCGUGCGCGCCAGUCCCAGCCAACUGGUGAUGUAA